CCGGUAAACAAGAGACCCCGCCCACUGGACCGACGGUUUCCUAGAAUCGAAAGUGAAAGUGAAUUUUUUUUUUUAUUGUCGUUACCAAAGAAAACACAUUCAAAGAAACCGCCUGCCAGGGAACGAGUGAGGAGCUCUGGUCAUGGCCAGAUCCUCCUCUCUUCCCAGUUCACUGGACUCCACCUUGCCGGGGUUCUCCCUAACGAUCCUGGGUGCAGAACUUGAGCAGAAAUACCUGUGCCGUCAGUGUAAACUGAUCCUCCGCAGACCCUACCAAGCUGGUUGUGGCCAUCGCUUCUGUGCCUUCUGCUUCAAGCAAAUCAUCAGCUCAGGACCUCAGCAUUGCCUGGCAUGUGCUGAUGAAGGUGUGGUAGAAGAUCUCUUGGACACAAAUUCGGCUUUUCCAGACAAUGCUGCCAGGAGGGAAAUCGAGAACCUGCCAGCCGUGUGUAGCAAUCCUGGCUGCGUCUGGAAAGGGAGCAUUCGGGAAUACGAGGCCAGCCAUGAAGGGCAGUGUGAGUUCCAGCGCAUCGAGUGUGACGCCUGUAAGCAGAUGAUCAGGAGCUGUGAUAAGGAGCGGCACAUGGAGCGAGAGUGUCCGGAGAGGAGUCUCAACUGCCGCUACUGCAAGACGAUCUUCAACUUCAAAGACAUAAAGGCUCAUGACGAGAUCUGCCUGAAGUAUCCCAUGCACUGUGAAGGCUGUGGAAAGAAAAAGAUUCCGAGAGAGAAGUUCUAUGACCAUGCAAAGUCCUGCGGUAAAUACAAGUCCCCUUGCCACUUCAAAGGAGUCGGAUGCCCGGUGAUUGUGGAGAACGAGAAGUUGGCAGAACAUGAGAUUCAAGGCAACCGGGAGCACAUGAGGCUCCUCUUAGCUGCAGUCGAAAGCCUCAAGUUUCUGAAUGAGGAGAAGAUGGUAUCCAACUUGCUGGCCCCACGUUCUAAACCACGUGGACUAGACUUCUGCGUGCAGAAUCUGGACGAAUGCUUGAUUGGUGGAAGUCUGUACUGUGAUCCUGAUGAAGGCUUUGCCUCCAAUAUUCUUCCUUCUGUCGACAAACAGUACCACAGGCACCAGACAAGGUAUGACGAUCUUGCACAGAAGCUCGCCACUUUUGAGAACAUCGUUUGUGUCCUCAACCGUGAGGUGGAAAAGAAUUCGCUCACUCUCGAGGCAUACAGCAGGCAGCGUGGACUGGACCAGGAGAAAAUCGACUAUCUCACCAGCAAGGUACGACAAAUGGAGCGUUCGGUGUCUCUCAAAGACUUGGCUAUCGCCGAGAUGGAACAGAAACUCCAGGAACACGAGCACAGCACCCACGAUGGCGUUUUCAUUUGGAAAAUUAAUGACUUUUCUCGUAAAAGACAGGAAGCAGUUGCCGGGCGCAUGCCGGCUAUCUUCUCUCCAGUUUUCUACACCAGCAAGUACGGGUACAGGAUGUGCCUGCGUCUCUACCUGAACGGGGACGGGACGGGACGCGGCACUCAUCUGUCUCUGUUCUUUGUUGUGAUGAAAGGAAAAUGGGACGCCCUGCUGAAGUGGCCCUUCAAUCAGAAGGUAACCUUGAUGCUGUUAGACCAAAACAAUCGAGAGCACAUCAUCGACGCCUUCCGGCCCGACAUCACCUCUUCAUCGUUCCAGAGGCCCAACAGCGAGAUGAAUAUCGCCAGUGGGUGCCCACUCUUCUGCCCCUUGCACAAACUGGACUGUAAGAGCGCCAGUGCCUACCUGCAAGAGGACACCAUUUUUAUAAAGGCCAUCGUAGAUCUGACGGGGCUGUGAGGCAAAAUCUGGCAGGUGUCUUGGGCCCCAAAGCGGAACGUGACGCCUUCUCACGGCUUUUGUCUUUUUAAUGCUAGUCGCCAUUAGAAUAACAAAAGGACGGCCGCCAUUUUAGACGUUUUGCUUACCAGCUGCUGUUGUUUGAUUUGAGUUUAUUGGGUGAAAGUUGCCAGGAUCUGUUGGACGGAAUGGGACGGGCGUAGUUUAGUCAGCUGUAAGGUGCCACUUCGCCUAGAGGAUGGUCACGGUGGGAUGGGUGUCAGCCAUGUCCUGCAGUCAGGGGCUAGGAGAGGCGAGUCCCACGGACACCUUCUCGUUUCAGUGAUGGAGAUGUGAGUCGGGAGUCUCAUUAGGACGGAAUGCUGGGCCAGUUUGCAUGCCGUUGCUGAAUGUGGUGGUUGAAGGCUGGCACCCCUCUGGUGGGCAAGCGUGGUGGUCCUCCACUUCAUCACCGCCGCUCAUUUAAGUCCCUCAGAACUCUGCAAAGGCAGCUGAUGCCCACUGAUGGGCGUGCAAAUGCUGCCAUUCAGAUUUUUUGUGAAGAUUUCAAAUGCUGGCACCGUCACAUACUUCCCAAUAACAAUAUCUAUUAAAGUGGGGUCACUUGGGGGUCCGAUGUCCCUGCUCCAUGUCUGAGGGAAGAGUGACAUGGGCACCUAGAUCAGUCAUGUGGACAUUUCACUGUGGAAGUGAAGUGGGCCAUGACUUAUGUUUUAUAGGUAUAUACAGUAUAGUCCUGGAGAAAUAGAAACAGGAGGAGCUAUAAACGCCAUGCCCAUGCUCACCCGCCGGGCACAAGACAGGUAAUGGGCAUGCAAAGCGAAUCUGUCUUCAGGUGCCACUGUAGAGCCUUCCAGUGGAAUGGAUGGACUCGUAUGUGACAGACGAGCUGCCAUGCCGUCACCCAGCUGGCCUGGGUGGAACUUGUGUGGGUGAGCUGGCAGGGGGCAUCAAAUCUAAAAUGACUAAAGUAAUAAGUUAUACCGGUGCCCAUCACUCACUCGUACUGGCAUCACAGGAGCAGGCACAUUGGCUGCAGUGGAGUGCUGGGCAGGGUCUGCCUUGCCUUGAACCCCACCUGUGUGAUCACAUGCCCACUGGACUAAAGAGAUUGGCAGCAAAAAAAAAAGCACAGUGCCACCCUGCUUUAUUUUCUUUUCCAUUCAAUAUUCCCCUGAACACAAUUUAUACAAUCCAGUUUGCUAAUAAAAAAAAAAAAAUCAUCUGAGGUAUUGGCACAAUGUGGCCAUCAAUCGAGCAGAAGAGUGCCAUGCACUGAGUGGGCCGAGUGCUGUAUUAACAGAGGGAACUGAGUGUCACCAUGUCACUAAAGCUGAAGGGUCGUUGAGGGCCACCUGUUUGGAGUUUGCUUUGCCUUGGCGGUGUGUUUUGUUUUAUUACUUUAUUGUCCCUUGGAUGCCCAGUGUUCACCAUGUUUUGCUUGCCACCCAUGAGUGUCAGCCCUGUGGUGAGAGCUUGGAACUCUCGGGGGGGGGUCUUCGGGGUCCACUGCACUUCAAUGUGAGGCCACUGUCUGUCACUUUAGAAAUGGAGGAAGUGGGCAGCUGAGACGAGAACAGGCCAUCAUCCGCCCGUCUCCAGCAGGGGGCGCUUGCUGUCUAGAAAAUCUGUGCACAGUAAGGGAAAUAUGGCGAGAGAGAGAGAGAGCUGCAUUGUGAGAUCCUAACCCCCCGCCUUGAAUGGGCGCUGACACUCCGGUAACUCAGGCACGAGUGGGAUGGCCGCUGCAAGUUCGCAGGCUCACCGUGUGACACGUCUGUCACAUUUAAAAGCUGGCCGGGUGCUGACUUUGCGUCUCGUCAGAAUAAAACAGCAGAUGGCGGGCCGCCUUUCACAAGACCGAAGGGAGCGAAUGCAGGAUGGCCGUCAUUGUCACUGCUUGUGUGCCGAGGUGACAGGCCCUGUUUGACUAGGCGCUCGACGCCCUCCCUGCCUGCACAACACAUAAAGCGGAUCUUCUCGUAAUCCUGCACUCCCGGGCUAGUCGGUGACCCACACGUCCCAAAAGACAUUUGACUUGCUUUAAAAUGCGUCUGUCCCUCCCAGCAUACACUGCGGGGUGAUCAUUUAUACCCAAGGUUCCAGGCGGUACCGAAGAAAUCUAAGCGGGCAUUUGUGGUCCAAGACAUAUUAACGGGGCGUUGAGAACCAGCCGCCGCCCCCCAUGGGCAUUACACGCAAGAACGCACUGAAAACUUUGAUUAAUACUAAAAAUCAUCGAACGCAUGUCCAUUAAGAAAGACCCGUCCGUAUUAAGUAGUAGGUAUUGAGUGGCACGUUAUAUUCACACAUCCUCGGAUCACGCGAGUCCUUACAAGAUUAGCGCACGCGCAGAGGACCGAAUCUGAACAGGACUAGAAAUACGUUACCUUAGAAAUAAGGUUCUUAUCAAUACCAGAUUGUUUCAGAGGAAGUGUACACCUAAAAUUACAGUGCGGUGCCUACAGAUCACAUUCAAAUGAAAAGUGGACCUACUUAUUAAAAACUAGGGGGCUUCACCCCCCCCGCUUGCCAACCCACGCACCUGCACUGUAAAAAAUAAAGCGUUAAAAGUAGUUAAAAAAAAAAAAAAAAAAAAAAAGGGCAACAAAUUACAAGCAAUAUUUUUGAGUAGAUUGAAUAUACUGCACUAUUGAGUAAACUUAAUUACUAAUUAUAACUAUUACUUUACUCAUAUUUACCUCAAAUAAGUGAGUCUGAUUAAAUAUAAGUAGUGGCAAAAAUGGUUUUAUGUUACUCCGAUUUUCACUUGAAUUACUCAAAAAAAAAAGAGUAAUAAUGCAACGCUGGACAGUAAUGACUGUAUAACAAAUACUUGCUAAAAUUCCAUAUAUCAUACACAGAUAGUCACAACAACGGAGUUAUAUUUUCAAAGGAAAAUUAAAUCAAAUGUCUGAGGAUAAUUUUUACUGAAUUACUGACAUUCAAAUGUCAAUGCAAAUUUUCUUUUCUUUUUUUUAACUUAAACACAAAGUGUGUCCUACGGAAGCGUAUUAGGGUCACGGUGAAGAAAAAAAAACUAAAUGUGGAGAUUAAAGUUGACACGUUGACUUUAUUCUCGACAUUUCCACUUUAUUCUCGUAGUUUAUUUUGGCAUUAAAGUAGAAUGUCGUUAAUUUAAACUUCAUCUUAAAAUAAGUAUUUAAUUUACUAGAUUUUCUCAAACCCGUUAUAAGUUAUGUCGCACAUUAAAUGUUUUGUGUUGUGUUCCCCGACCCAGUUGUCAAUCACUACGCGCUUCUUAACCGGACUUCUUCUUUCAUUGAGGAGGCGCAGGCAGCGAUCGCCGCACAGAAGCCAUUCACUUCAUGAUAUUCCUGCUCCCUGAACAUUUACAAUGCUAAGAUAAAUACUUGAUAUCAUUUUCACGAUGAAAUGCAUUAAAGCAGGUAUUAAACAUGCACUCUGGUGUACGUUCAGUGUAGAGAACUUUAUGGCAGGUGUGACGAGGCUCCAAAACACUGGAUGUAUGACUGGGUAUCGCACAGUUACUGAAAUAUUGCGUAAAUGUUGGGUUUGUGAUCUGCUGGUCGAAGACACGAACACAGAAUUCAACGGAUGUUCUUCUGCGCGGACUUUCUUUAUUGCACGCCUGCUGUCUCUAUCUGACGUACCAAACCCCCAGUUCCUAUCAUUCCUUUUUCAUUCUCCACAUAAUCAAUCACCACACGAUAAACGUCUUUGUGAAAUUAAAACUAGUUAUAAACUCAGACCACGGAGUGCCAUCCAUUCAGGAUUGUGCCCAUCCCAUGGCAUCGUGUGCCAGGCAGGAACAAAUCCUGAACGGGACGCCAGCUCAUUGCAUGGUGAAUACGAGCACACACACAUACCCCAGGGUCAAUAUAGCAGAACAAAACCCCACUGCCUACAUGACUAUGAAAGGAAACUGAAGCACGCCGAGUAAACCGGGCAGGAGAACAUGAAAACUCAAGGCAGGGAACACCCGGGACACCCUUGCUGCCAGGCAGCAGUGCAGCCGCUACGUCACCGUGCCACCGCAGGAUUAGUACACACUUUAAUACAUUUCAUCAUGAAAAUGAUAUCAAGUAUUUAUCUUAGCAUUGUAAAUGUUCAGGGAUAUCAUAAAAUGAAUGGAUUCUGUGUGGUGAUCGCUGCUUGCGCCUCCUCUUUGUGCAGAGGACAUCAGUUUAAGAAGCACGUAGUGAUUAAUAACUGGGUCGGGGAACGCGUAACACAAAGCAUUGCAUGCGCUACAUAAUUUAUGACGGGGUUUGGGAAGAUCUACUAAAUUAAAUAUUCAUUUUAAGAUGAAGUUUAGUUUACAAUGUUCUACUUUAAUAACAAACUACGAGAAAAAAAGUUAACAUGUCGACUUUAAUCUCGACAUUUAGUUUUUUUUUUCUUCUUCACUAUGGCCCUAAUAGGCUUCCGUAAUAUCUCAAUCAAAUAAAGUCCAAUGAGAGGUAAACGGGAAGGAAACGUAGAGAGUGAAGUGAGUGAAAUCCUGCGGCAGAUGGCGCUCUUCACACGUCCUGCCAACAUAACCGUACUUCUAAAAAAAAAAUUAUUUAUUUUAUAUUGAGGAUUUGUUCUGUUCUGUGUAUUGUAUUGUUUUGACCCCCCCCCCCCUUCUUUUUGACACCCACUGCACGCCCGACCUACCUGGAAAGGGGUCUCUCUUUGAACUGCCUUUCCAGAGGUUUCUUCCAUUUUUUCCCUACAUGUUUUUUUUUUGGGGGGGGGGGGGGGUUCUUAUCUUCUUAGAGAGUUAAGGCUGGGGGGGCUGUCAAGAGGCAGGGUCUGUUAAAGCCCAUUGCGGCACUUCCUGUGUGAUUCUGGGCUAUACAAAAAUAAAUUGUAUUGAAUUGUAUAUCAGCUUAAAUGAACGGCCGCCUUUUCCACUACUUUUCAGUAUGCGAUAGCGAAAAUCCUGAAAUAAAAUAGGACGUAGGAAAUCAAACAUCAAAAAUCAAACAUCGCUAAAUAAAUCACAGUGUUGAAAAUUAACCAGAAAAUAGAUAGAGUGAAAGGCACUAUAUGAUAGAUAGAUAGAUAGAUAGAGUGAAAGGCACUAUACAAUAGAUAGAUAGAGUGAAAGGCACUAUAUGAUAGAUAGAUAGAUGUGAAAGGCACUAUAUAAUAGAUAGAUACUUUAUUAAUCCCAAGGGGAAAUUCACAUACUCCAGCAGCAGCAUACUGAUAAUAACAAUAUUAAAUUAAAGAGUGAUAACAAGAAAAUACAUGACGUAUGCAGAACACUAAUUAAAUAAGAGGUCAAAUAAUACCGUGACGGUUAGGCAAACGUCUUUUUAUGUUGUCUGCAAGUCGUAGUUUUAGGACAAACGCCAUAGCGCUCUCAAACUUAUCUCAAAGGGUCGUUUUCUUUUUCUGUGUAAAAUAAAAGUUUUAAACGAUUAAAAAAAAUAUAUGAACAUACGUAACUAUCCGAGACACGUGCCUGCUUUUUAAAGCAAACCAACGAGGUGAGGCCGUUAGAAAGACGCCACCUCGCUCGCCGUGUUUCCCACAUGAAGAGAGAGGUUUUGUGAAAACAACAACUGCUGACGUCUCUAAUUAUAUUAAAUGAAAAACUAGUAAUUAUUCAUUACGGAAUUAAUAUGCUUUAUAUUUACACAUUCGUAGUAAAAUAGCUCUUAUUAUAGAUAAACGUUACCGCUGAAUGCGUUGUUGUAAAGACCAAGAAAUCGAUGUGAGAGGAAGUGCCGCGUCAUUAAAUGUAAUUUAACUUAAUUGUGUUCACUUCACGGCGUAGUUUUUUUACUUGGAAUAAGUUAUAAACAAUGUUUACAUUUUAAGAAAAAUAAUAAGUUAACAUUAUUCUUAAUUUUUUUUUAUUGAAUUAGAAUUAAAUAAUCAAUAAAAAGGGUAAAACCCAUUUUUAUUCAUUAAUGAUUAUUUUGCGUAUAGUUAGUUAUUAUUUUUCACACAGAUUUAUUUUUUACGGUGUGCCACUUCGUGUCUCCGCCGCUCGCGUUUGUGGAUUUCACUUUCGCCAAACAACAAAUCUUUUAAUUCUCGCGGCUACGCCUCUUCAUUGGAAAGAAACACUACGUUCCCCUGACGGCAACACGAGUCUCUCACCGUCAUAUUUAGCCGAAAGAGGAUUUAACAUCGUCAACAACCUAUUAGCAAAGAACAGAAGCAGAUUGUCAAUUGUGGAAUGCGCUGAUUUAAGAUUGCAGAUAACAAAAAUGGCACCAAACCUCGAAAAGUUAGUGUCAUCACACCAACCUCAGCCCUCUCGCUAAUCAUAUUCAUUUUUUUAAUAAUAUAUAUUUUUUGAAUCAUACUUUGAGCAAUACACCAAUACUGUUAAUAUCUUCUGAUUAAAAAUUUUUUUUAAAUCUGUCCUUGUUUUUCAAUAUAUAGUAUAGUUCACCCAAGAUGGCGCAGUGGGUAGCGCUGCUGCCUCGCACUUAGGAGACCCGGGUUUGCUUCUCCCUGCGUGGAAUUCGCAUGUUCUCCCCGUGUCUGCGUGGGUUUCCUCCUGGUACUCCAAAAAUUGGCGAUUCUAAAUUGUCCCUAGUGUGUGUGUGUCCUGCGGUGGGCUGGUGCCCUGCCCGGGGUUUGUUUCCUGCCUUGUGCCCUGUGUUGGCUGGGAUUGGCUCCAGCAGACCCCCGUGACCCUGUAGUUAGGAUAUAGCGGGUUGCAUAAUGGAUGGAUGGACUUACAAUAGCCUCAUUAUUGAUUUAUGGGAAUUAAUUUUGCUUUUCUCCUGCGUGGAGUUUGCAUGUUCUCCUCAUGUCUGCGUGGGUUUCCUCCCACAGUCCAAAGACAUGCAGGUUAGGUGGAUUGGUCAUCCUAAAUUGUCUCGAGUGUGUGCUUGGUGUGUGUGUGUGUGUCCUGCGGUGGGCUGGCACCCUGCCCAGGGUUUGUUUCCUGCCUUGCGCCCUGUGCUGCUGGGAUUGGCUCCAGCAGACCCCUAUGACCCUGUAGUUAGGAUAUAGCGGGUUAGAUAAUGGAUGUAUGGAUAGUUCACCCAAGGGAGUCGCUAUUGAAUCACUCUUUGAAAAAGGGGGCUCUGACCCAAAAAAGGUUGGGCACCUGUGGUUUACACACACCGUGGCUAAGCGGGCCGAGGAGAAGCCAUUAGAGCAGUAAAGCCGUCGUCCGGUUCUCCAUUAUAAAUUGUCACCUUUUGCAUUUUCAGUGGCUGGGGGGUCCAGUUCUUUGCUAGGAAGUAUGAACUAGAAGAUGGGAGACGGCGGUCUCUGGCCGCACACAGAUCGUCUCCAAAGGGCACAUCAGACACUUUUGAAGUCCUCACAGGUGGCGCAGCUUUGCAGUAAGGAGACUGUGGAAGUUUGGGGUUCGUUUCUCGGUUCCUCCCUGUGUGGACAGCGCUUUGAGUACUGAGAAAAGCGCUAUAGAAAUGUAAUUUAUUAUUAUUAAUAUUUUAAUGGCCUGCCUGAGUCGUCUGCCACUUGUGUCUCCUCAUCUCUCUCUCCCUCUAUAUAUAUAUAGAGAGACCCCCUUCUGUUUGACACCCACUGGUAAGGGGGUCUCUCUUUGAUAAGCCUUUCCUGAGGUUUCUUCCAUUUUUUCCCUACAAGGGUACGUUCUUUGUCUUCUUCGAAGAGUCUCAAGGCUGGGGGGCUGUCAAGAAGCAGGGCCUGUUAAAGCCCAUUGUGGCCCUCCUUGUGUGACUUUGGGCUGUACAAAAAUAAAUAGUAUUGUAUGUAUAAUAUAAUCCAGCGUCUGUCUGUCUGUCUGUCCGCUUUUCACGAGAGAACUACUUAACGGGUUUAGAUCGGUUUUUUUUUUUUUCUAAAAUUUGCUUGAACAUUCCGGUUGAUGGGCAGCACGGUGGCGCAGUGGGUAGCGCUGCUGCCUCACAGUUGGGAGACCUGGGGACCUGGGUUCGCUUCCCAGGUCCUCCCUGUGUGGAGUUUGCAUGUUCUCCCUGUAUCUGCGUGGGUUUCCUCCCACAGUCCAAAGACAUGCAGGUUAGGUGGAUUGGCGAUUCUAAAUUGGCCCUAGUGUGUGCUUGGUGUGUUUGUGUGUGUCCUGCGGUGGGUUGGCACCCUGCCCGGGAUUGGUUCCCUGCCUUGUGCCCUGUGUUGGCUGGGAUUGGCUCCAGCAGACCCCCGUGACCCUGUGUUCGGAUUCAGCGGGUUGGAUAAUGGAUGGAUUCCGGUUGAUUUUGUGACUUCUCUGAGAAGUGACCAGCAGCAGUCAGGACAGAUCGAGCACUUCAGACACUAUGAGGUCCGUCAAUUGGCACCACCCCCUUUCUGAAGCCCCUCCCCUGUUUCACCCCUCAUGACGAUUUCAAUUCCCUUCAGUUCCUGCACUCACAUGUGUAUUCAGCUUUUAUUAAACUUCUAAACUGUCGAGUUCUGCAUCCGAAGCAGUUGUUUUGGUGUCACAUAUUAGAAACAAACUGAACAAAAAAUCUUCACAUUUUGUGUUUUCUAUCCGCGUUCGCCUUGUCUCAUUCGUGAACGCGCACCAGAAAGUGCGUUAGUUACGUUAUAUAUUCGUUAUAUAUACACGUUAGUUAUACGCGGCACUCCGCGCAGCAGUGGCUCUGUGACUGGGGGGUCUGCACUGGUGAUCAGUAAGAUGACCCCCAUAGAAAAAUAGGAAAUGCCGAGGAAGAAAAAUAAAUGAUACGCGGCACUCAGCGACGAUUAACACUACAUAUUCUUAAAGGCUCUGAAUCGUAGCAUUUGUGUAAUAAACUGUCAGAAUAUGCAAUACUGUACUACAUUUAGGAGCUCUUUACAGUCCUGUCUCUGUGGUCCUCUCUGUGUCACAUCAUUAGUACUUUAUUAUUACUGGGGUACAAAAUUAGAUGUAAAGGAGUCGUUUGAGUCGCCAGCUAAGACCUCCUCUGCUAGCCCACUGGGGAUGGCGGCUCGCGACCUCGCAGCGACUACAAAGAGACGUUAAUUACGUGAGCACGUCAGCUUAUCGUGGUGAAGGGGGGGGGGGUCAUCGGAUAUACAAUUUUAAAAGCUUUUUUUUUUUCUUUGGAAUUGUUUCAAUUUCAUCAUUUGCACGUUUUACUGUAAAGCCUCAUUAAUUUGAAGUUCCCUUUUCUUCAAGAUCGCAUUGAAUUUUGAUUCAGUUUUUGGAGACACAUUGUGAUACCGUAGAACUAACUAACUGCCCGUGACUGAAUAUUGUUUCUGUUUCUCUAAUAAAUAAACCGACUUUUUCUACUGUCUGUCCCUG